AUGGGCGACUCCUAUAAACCGAACAUGGAAGACCUAGCGAAGGAUGUAUUCUCAACUCGAUCGAUCACGGACUUAUGCGUAGUGAUGCAGUUCGAUAGACCUGCUCGUCCCCCAAAGUACGGCACCAAAGGACACUUGGUCAACUUUAUCAACCUUGCCGAAGCCGAGAAAGGUAAGGAGGGAGUAAAGCGAACGGUAGAGUUUCGUCAUCACGAGAGCACGGUAGACCCCAACGCCAUCAAGAUGUGGGUCAAGCUUUUGCUGAGGAUCUGCCACGCCGCAGAACGUAAUGCGAAGACCGAACACCAGGCUAAGGAUCCAAGUAAGUCCUCGAAGGUUGUUUCCCCAGCAGAGAAGGAACGUCGCAAGUACAAGGCACGGCCGUCCAACCUGGACCACCUUCAUACAAUCGAUGAUUUGUUUGAACUCAUUGGUUUGGAAGAGAACGGAUCGCUUGACGCAAGAGAUAAAGAGCUUCGGGUAUACUGGCAACACAGAUACAAUCAAUAUCACGACGCUAACGAGGGUUUGCAGCCGUCACCAGACUUUCCCGACUCGCCUAUCAUAGCCGGCGCGACGGAGCAAGCAACAGGCAGUGGGGGUAAUGCUCCUCCACGAUUGCAGGCAACAGGAAGCGGCGCCAAAUCUCCUGCCCAGCGUGCUGCAUUCCAAAGAGAAGUCCCUGACACUCCUGCUUUCACAGAAUAUAGGGAGCGCAAAUCUCCGCCCAGUGAUGAGAAUGCUGGAAGCAGUAAUGGCAAUGAUGUCGUCACUGGAAGUGGUCCAGGCAAUAGAGCCCAUCAUCGACGGAGGGAUAAUAGUUCUCGAUUGCUUCGUAGGCUGCACCAUGGCCCUUCGAUGCAAAAGAAGGCAGAAUCAGCCAGAAAGAUGAAUCACAAAACAAUUACCGGGAACGCAGCUCCAAUGUCUAGGGAACUCAGGUCUGGUAGGAAGUAUUAG